AACCAAAAUAAAUGUCCUAGACACUGAUCCCACUUGGACAACCUCGGCUUUUUUCAAACUUGUUCUAUAUUGUCUUUAACAAAAUUUAAAAUUACUAUCCUUAAUAUUUUAUACCUACAUUUUCCCUCAAAAGAGAAGACCGUUCAUCGUUAACUGUGCCUCGAUUUCUCUUCUCACUCUGCAACAUUACCCCCAUUCCCAUCUCCUCUUCUCUGUCUAUCUACACUCAGACAACGACGUCGUCUUUGUCAUGCUUAGAAAAACUCUUCCCAGUUCCAAUCUUAAAAACUAAAUAAAAAUCAAUAAUUAAAUCUCACACUCAUGGUUGCCGGCAAGGUAAGGGUAGCAAUGGGGUUCCAGAAGUCACCGGCGCCGGCCACGCACACCCCUCCGCCUCAGAAGAAGCAGCCUCCUCCAUCGCCGUCUACAGCGAAGUCCUCGUCCCACAAGUCCCCGUUCUCUCGCUCCUUCGGCGCGUACUUCCCGCGCUCCUCCGCUCAGGUGCAGCCGCGACCGCCGGAUGUUGCGGAGCUACUCCGUCUAGUGGAGGAGCUCCGGGAGAGCGAGUCGCUGCUGAAGACGGAGCUCCUGGAGCACAAGCUGCUGAAGGAGUCCAUCGCCAUUGUUCCCGUUCUGGAGAGCGAGAUCAGCGCGAGGGAAACUGAAAUCGAAAGGAGUAGAAGAAGAGCUGAGGAAACGGAAGUGGAGAACGAGAAGUUGAAGAAGGAGUUGCAGGAGCUGAAGGUUCGAGUGGAAGAAGAGAGGAGAGAGAGCGAGAGGAAACUAAAGGCGCUGGAAGAUGAGAUAGUGGAGAUGAAGAAAACGAUGUCGUAUAGUGGAUGUAGCAGUAGCAGUAGCAGAGCAGAGACAUUAGAAAGUCACGUGCACGAGCACGAGAACGAAGCUUCGCAAAGGUUGGUGGAGGUUUCGGUGAGGUCGAAUGUCAUGAAAAGCUUGAAGAAAACGGCGUCGGAUCUCGGAAGCGGGAUUUUCAAAAGAGAGGCUGGGGAAACGGAAAGGCCACAUCACUCACGAUGUAACUCGGAGGAACUCGCCGAUUGCUCUGACUCGGUUCUCUCCGGUUCCGUGAGGUCACGCGCGCCUCGUGUUCCGAACCCGCCACCGAGACCUUCGUUUUCUUCUCCUUCAUCACCGUCCAGCGGUUCCUCCAACAAAGGCGAAACCGAACAAGUCAUUCAGCCACCGCCACCGCCUCCGCCGCCUCCUCCUCCACCGAUUAAGGCUGCGCCUCCUCCACCGAUUAAGGCUGCGCCUCCUCCACCUCCGCCUCCACCAAGGAAACCUACAUCUAAGGUAGCCCCUCCGCCACCUCCGCCGCCUCCUCCGGCGAAGGCGGGGAAGUUGGCUCCGGCGAAGGUAAGAAGAGUGCCGGAGGUGGUGGAGUUUUACCACUCGUUGAUGCGGAGGGACUCACAUUCGAGGCGGGACUCGGGGUCCGCCGGUGCCGCGGAGGUACCGGCGACGGCGAAUGCUCGCGAUAUGAUCGGCGAGAUCGAGAACCGCUCCACUCACUUGUUGGCUAUAAAAACAGAUGUAGAAACUCAAGGAGACUUUAUUAGAUACUUGAUCAAAGAAGUGGAGAGCGCAGCAUUCACGGAUAUUGAAGAUGUAGUGCCUUUUGUCAAAUGGCUUGACGACGAACUCUCCUAUUUGGUGGAUGAAAGGGCAGUGCUGAAACACUUCGAUUGGCCAGAGCAGAAGGCUGAUGCUUUGCGUGAAGCUGCGUUUGGGUAUUGUGACCUGAAGAAGUUGGUAUCUGAGGCUUCGUCUUUCCGCGAUGAUCCUCGGCAGCUGUGUGGUCCAGCUCUUAAAAAGAUGCAGACUCUCUUAGAAAAAUUAGAACAUGGGAUUUACAAUAUCUCAAGAAUGGGAGAAUCCGCAACGAAAAGAUACAAAGUCUUCCAAAUACCCGUGGAUUGGAUGCUUGACAGUGGUUAUGUGAGCCAGAUCAAGCUGGCAUCUGUAAAAUUGGCCAUGAAGUAUAUGAAGAGAGUCUCUGCUGAACUUGAGACAGUUGGUGGUGGGCCUGAAGAAGAAGAGCUUAUUGUCCAAGGAGUUAGAUUUGCAUUCCGAGUUCAUCAGUUCGCUGGAGGCUUUGAUGUGGAUACAAUGAGAGCAUUUCAAGAGUUGAGAGACAAAGCGAGGUCAUGCCACAUUCAGUGCCACGGCCAGCAACAGAAAUUCUUUUGCAGGUCUGCAACAUGCUAAUGCUGGAGCAAACUCAGCUUCAGAGAAUUAGUUCCUCUUCACUUUUUUCUGUAUUUUGUGAAUAGAAUGAUGGCAAAUAGUAUUUAGCCAUCAUUAAAGUAGGAACGCAUUCUUAAUUCAUGAUUUAUCCAUUCAUUACUGGGAAACCGCAAAUCUCUGAUCAUAAAAGAGUUGCUGAAUCAAAUCAUUAAAAAAUUCGCUAUCUAA